AUGCCUGUGGUCAGAGCAUUUAACAAGAGUGCACAAUGUAUAAAAGGCAUUGGUCGAACGAGAAACGUUCAUGACGAUAUUGCUUCAAUGGAAGUUGAAAAUGGCCCAGUUGUGCUGGGCGACGAGACAAGACUGGACUACAGCACGUUGUCAAGAAUCCUCAAUCGCAAUUCUAAAAAACUUCAACAAAUAUCCAUAAACAACCAAGUCACUUUAUCAGCAGAAUAUCUGGCUUUUCUGGUGUCGACUUUUCAAAAGACAACUUGUUUACGAUUGCAAGAUUCUUUUCACGACGCUGCAGAAUUUGGUUGUUUGGUGGCCGGUCUCGCGCAGCCUGGUGGACUUCGAGAACUGCAGAUGAGUUUCUUUACCCCACAUAAUCGAGACUUGAACAAUCAUUUGCUGCUUCUGCUCAAGGGCAUUGCUUUCGCUUCCUCUCUGGAAAGACUCCAUUUGCUUCUUCGGUAUCGUCUUGACGUGUUGCGGCCGGCGUUGAUAGAUGCUAUCCUUAUGAACAGAACCUUGAAAUCACUAUGUCUAGACAUUAGCUGGUAUGCCGACGAUGGCUUGCUUUUUCCUGAAGUAUUUCAAGCUGCUGCCAGGAACAAACACAUUCAAGAUCUAACUCUUCGGGUUUCAGGAGGACGCCAACCUACAUUGCUGAAAGAAGAAGUUUGGGUGCCUACUCUGUGUCAUCAAGAAUGCACCAUUGAGAAAGUUUGCCUUUUUGGAAUCAAAUUUGGCACUGAUUAUGGAGAAGUGAUGGGACAAAACACUUCUGUAAAGGAACUUGUGAUUCAAAGCGCAGAUCUCUCAUUCGCCGACACCAGCAAAAUAUUGUACCGCUUCAAGUCACUGGUAUCCGUGGAUCUAGCUUUCAACAAUUUGGGAAGCAUUUCAAUCUUUGACAAUUUUCUUCUGGGAGAGGAACCGACUUUGGAAAGUCUGAAUUUAGAAUGCAACAAUAUCAGUGAAGAAGAUAUGAUGAACUUCUUGACAAAUCUGCCAAAAAUGAAAAUACUCAGAAACCUCCAACUAAAUGGCAACCCUAUCCUUCAAUCAAGAUCUUGUAUGCAGGCAUUCAAAAGAGCUGUCUGUUCUAAUACUGCAUGUUUAGAAAGAGCCCAGUACUAUUCAAUCGGCUAUGAGGAGAAAGACGAUGCGAAAGGAUUUGGUUUGAAUGUUCUGCCUAGCCAGUCUUCCACCACCAUGGAGGAAAGCCCUCAAGGAUAUCAAGAUAUGGAGAAAAUAUUAAUGGUUCAGCUCAGUCUCAAUCGCUUUGGUCGGCGACAUUUGCUGGGGGGCUCAUCAAAUUAUUUACCCUCAAAUCUUUGGCCACUUCUAUUAGAAAGAGCUUCGAAUCUUCGUUAUUAUUCGUUAAGGGAUGUAUGGAAGCGACCAAGCCUUGAAUGUACAAGAUUGGAUGUAGCCUAUUGGCUAUUGAGAGAAAAGAUAUUCGUGUGA